GCUCUGGAUGAAGUGUGGUAAUGGUAAACUACAAGAUUUUCAAGAGAGGUAUGAGACAGCUAAUAACAGCCUGGGAUGAGAAAAAUAACGAAGUCAAAACGUAUGCAGUAGAAGUGCAGAAGUUCACCUCCAUUAUUGAACGACAGAACAGUGAGAUUACAUCACUAAAACAUGAAUGAAGGACACAAGCUGUGAUAAUUUCUUAAUGAAAGACAAGCUGUGCAAGACAAUGUCAUCAAUCAACAAGCGAACGAGCGCUAUCGAUGGAAAGAUCAUGGCAGAAAACAUUGGAAACCACCAGUACAUGCAGUCCGGAGGGAUGAGUUCAAGACAAACUGGGUGGCCACCGUCUUCAUCAUCAAGCAACAUGUACCCAGCUUCUAACCAUGGAAUACCCGUCCUUUCAAAUCUUGUAAAUUCUCUCCCUGCAAAUUCAUUGAGCAUGGGCAAUCAGAUGAACUAUGCCCCCCGCCAAACCUCCGUUGACAAAACUGUGCCAUGCAGGCCUCCAAAUACACAGUAUAGCAAUCCUCAGGCCAGUCCAUGGUGGCAGCAUUGUAAAAUUAGUAGACAAGCUUGUGUUGAAUUUGGCAAGCUGCUUGAUGCUGCAAAAGACGAACAACGGAUGCAGAACUAUGAUAUUCAACAUUUAGCAAGAGAAGAUCAGUUUUGCUUUCGAAGGAAAGUUCAAGCAUUCUUGGCAAGGCUUUGCACAAAUCAGCAAUUGUUGGAUUGUAUAAAUGGUGAUUUGUUUUUGACAAAUUUCUUUCAGCCAUAUUUUUUUAACAUAGUGAAACAUGUGACAGGCAUUGAUAUACAACAAAUGCCAGGAGUUCAAGACAAUGCCAAUGCUCACGUCACAGGACAACCUCAACAGCUGUCUGCCGACCUUGGCAUGUUACAGGUUAAUCAGCAGUGCACUGGUGGCUUUGAAAAUCACCCAAACAGAGGAAACAUCCAACAAUUUCAGAUUAAUGGAAUGUCUGCGAGAGGGAACAGUACUUUCACACCCACCAGUUAUGUAAAGCCUCCACCCCCAUAUCCAGCCCAAGGGAGCACACAGACUAACCAUGCUAACUUUUACCAAAGAGGUAGUGAUAAUUCUAGGUCAGUCAUUCCACAGAGUGUCUCAACAGUGAUGUCCAGCCAGUCAAGGUGGUAUAAGAUGCCUGCUGAGAGGUAUGAAUCUGGACGAGUUGUCAAACAGCCUGCUGAAAGAGUGAGUCCUCAACAGAGACAUCAAGAGCCUAUUGGUAUGGUUGUACAGGCAAGUAGCCAAUCUGUUCCUUUCACUGUACCAGGCUCUUAUGGAACAGUUAGUACAUACAGUUCUCAUGCAACAUCUCUUGAUUCUCAUCAAGAAACCACAAGAGUACAAAAGGAGUGGAUUUACUCUCAACAACAAAUAAGUCAGCCAACCAUGCAUGCAGGGUCUGUAAACAGUGACAGUAGAUCUAGUAUUUCAUUUCCACAAACAAUGUCUCAGCAGUCAAAUGUUCAAUCUGGCCCUGAAGAUGCAUCUUUUUUUGAUGAAGCUUUGUCGCAACUCCAGACGAUAUGUAAUUCAAGAAGCCUCGUGAACACCAGAGACUCCAAUUGUUCAGACACAGCUCCCCAGCAGUCUGUGCAAGCACCUGCAACAGAUCAGAUACGUCCAAAUAAUUCUUUAUCAAGAUCCAUGAAAGAAACAUCUGUGUUGCCUGAUUCAAAGGAGCAUUUAAGACAGUUAAUUUGCAUGGCUAAAAGUCCACCAGCGCCGACUGUGGAUCCAAACUGUAAUGUGAGUCACCUUGAAUCUACAGCCAAGGAACCUGUCGUGGUACCAGUUGUGGUACCAGUUGUAGCACCAGUUCCAGCACCAGUUGCUCCUCCUGUAGAAGAAUCCACACCAGUUGCUCCUCCUGUAGAAGAAUCCACACCCUGUGCUCAACAACUUACAAAAGCUGCUGAGACACAUUCAGAUAUCAUUUCAAUGCCUGUGUUGGUUGAAGAUCAAUCAUCCAGAAAAAGUGAAUCAUCAAUACAAGCGUUGUCUCUUUCAAAACAAUUAAGAAGCUUUGAUAUGAAUGUGCUCAGCCCUUUCACUGCUGAUGUGUCUGAUUCAGUAGAUAGGUGGCUAUCUGGUAGUAAGAGCAGUGAUUUGUUGGAUACAUUGACUUCUAAACCAUCUAAAGAAAACACAGCAUUAGGUGAACAGAUGGUUGAAAAUGAAACAGUGCCAUGUGUUGAGAAUCAGAACCAGAGUAACAGUUCUGUUCAUAAGGAAUUGGGUGAUAUACAGCCCCAAUCGGACACUCUAAUUAUUACAGAUGACAUGGAUGUCACUGAAACAUCCAGUGUUUCUGUGUCCCACGAACACUCAGUCAAACAUUUGGAGAAUUCUUCCAUGAAAAAAACACAUUCUGAAAAUCAAACAGUUUCAAGAAGUCUAGGAAUAUAUGAUCCACCUCUGCCUGUGAUAAAACAUAAGAAGAGAGAAAGCAGGAUUUCUCCUCUUAAAAAGUCCAAUUCCAGCACAGAUGCAGAUGUUGAUACACCUGCAGAAGAUACAGCAUGUUCAAAGAGCAAAACCAUUGAGUCAAGAAGACAUAGUGAGGGGUCAAGCAAAACUGCAGGCUCAACUUUCAAGAAGAAACUAGAAGUAUACAAAGCAAGUCUUGACACGGAACCUUUAUUUUCUGUUCUUGACAACCUUUCAGCUCGGAAAACUGCCAAAUCCAAAGCAAGUGGAGCAUCUGACACUGUCUCUGAGGGCAAGGAGUUGUCCAGUCCUCAUGAUGCAGAGAAGAAGCGUCAAAAGUCAACAGAAGUAUCAUCAAGCAGUUUACAGUUGAAUGAAGAGAAAUCCAAGCAGUCCCUCUCGGAUAGCAGAGACAAGAGUCACAAACAUCAUGAAAAAAACAAAAAGUGCAAUGCAGAAAAAAACAGCUCCAUGAAAGAACAGCAUGUCUGUAUAGGGGAUAGAGCAGAAACAACUAAAGACAGAAAUAGCCAUAGAUCAAGUCAUGACAAGUCUGUGAAAGAAACAGGUAAUCAUAGAAGUGAAAGUCAAUCUCAUCAAGUAUCUCCUACCGUCAGUGCUCGUGAGAAAGUAUAUUCUAAAUGGUCAGUGAAUCAGAAAGGGAAGCAUGAUACUGGGAGGCCACACAAUAUUGGUCAUGUUCGGAGGCAGUCAUGUCCUGAUAAAAAUGGUUCAAAAUGUGGAGGUAAUAAAAAUAAGAGAUCCUUAACAUGGGAUGGAUCAACACCAACCUUAGAUGUGGAUGCUAAUACCAGCUUAGAAGAAGUGGAUGUUUACACUGAAGACAAUGCCUAUUUGCCCUCUAAUGGUGAAUUCAUUUGGUUUCAUGGACAGAAGUUGUUAAUGAUAAACUUGCCCGAUGGAAAACAUCUCAUCAUGAAGGAAUUUGUCAAAUGUUGCUUGUCUGCUUAUGACACUUCUCAUGUUUACAAGACCAAAACCUGUACACUCAAAAUUAAUCACAAAACAUUGACACAUAGUUGUCGGAGAGAAGUUGAGAAAUAUCUCCGCUAUAAACAAAUAAAAUUUUCAAGUCAGAUGGGAGUGGUGUUGUUGGUAAACGCUCAAAAGUUGUAUCAUCACAUGCUCAAGAUAAAGUUGUGUGCUGAAGAAAACUGUGUCAGCUCAAACCCACCAGUGUGUGCAAUAGCUACAAGAGAGGAACAUGACUUUGUGCAAAAGGAACGCUCAGUCUCUCCAGAUAGUACUGUACAAUCAAAUCAGCAGUCAAAAGCCUUGACUGGCCUGACGUCCCCAUCUCAAUCCUUAGAAGGUGAUGGUCCAGGUGAUGUUCAGUUGAAUAAGGUCUCCAGUCAGUCUCUUGAUUCAGAUGAUGCAUCUGGCAAUGAUGAAUUUGCCCACAUAGCACAGUCAGCUGAACAGGAAGAUGAGGGUGCAGCCUCUGAUGUGAGUGAUGCCACAGAUAUUUACUGUGACGGAAAGCCAGUGCGGAACCAUUCCUCGGCAGUCAGUGAGGAGGGAACAGAUGAUAAGGACUGUGAGGUGAUAAGAGGAGGCUUUGCUAUCAUUCAGAAAGACAAGAUGCCAGACAGAACACUGCGCUACAUUGUGGUUAAUGGAGAAAAAUGCUAUGUUUAUCAGGAUAUAUUUCAACUUUUCUCUAAAGAAGAAGUUGUGAAGGUUGUAAUUCAUAAGGAUAUGCAUGUAGCAGAAUGCACCAUGGACAAUGCUCAUUACCUGUCUCGGUUAGAGCCAAAGCUACCCCCUGUUAUCCCAGGGGAUUGUUUCCUUAUCAAGGAGAAAUAUGUGCGGAAAAUCUUCGCUUACUUUGGGGAGCCUUAUCCCAAACUAAAGCUUAUUAAGAAUGGCUUUAAACGCAAAAGUCUGCAGCCAUUACUGGCAUUAGAGUCCGACAGCCAUGAUGACAGUAACUGCCCACCCCCUUCAAAGAAGAAAAUACUCUCACACUGUUCACUUGAAGGGAAACAUGAUGCAGCUGGCAAGGUAUUACAUCACCAUGAAAACACUAGCAGCCGAGACAAUGAAAAGUCAGGCACCCAGGGAAUGUCUGAUGCCUGUUUAUCAAAGACUAGUGGACUGAAGCGAAAGCUGGAAGAUGAUGGCGGUACCAAGGAGGAGCCAGUUUCCAAGAAAGGACACCUUGAUGACAUCUUCAAUGAAUCUCGAGAGUACAUCCUACAGGCAUUUGUGACUCUGAAAGAACAACACAAGGAGAUGGCAGCUGACUUGGCAUGUGUCAAGACGGAGGUACUUGAGGCUAAAAUAAGGAAGACUGACCUGGAAGAAAAAUGUAGGAAACAUGAAGGAAAUGUGACUAGUCUAAAAUCUGAGCUAAGUGUUUCAAAGGAAAAUAACCUUUCUUUGGAACAGAAAUAUGAAGAGCUUGAAGAUGUUCUGUCUCAGCUGAAAAGGGACCUACAGGCCAAGCAAGAGGAAAACGUAGCACUUGCUAAGGAAAGGGAUCAUCACAAGGAUUUCUUGGAGAAACUCAUUGGAACAUACAGAGUGGUGGAUGAUGAAGCCGAUGCAACAUGAAGUGCGUAACGAGCAAGUAUGACAGACGUGCCACUAUCAAAUGUGCUGAUGCUCAAAAAGACAAAGUUUAUACGUAUUGAUUAUACCAAUUAUAUGCAAUAUCCACAUGGAGAUCACUUCCUUUAUCUUGUUUGCAAUUAGUUCUGAUGAGAUUUGUUUUUGAUACUCAUAACAAGCUCUUUAAUUAUCCUAAACUAGCAACCUGUUUAGGGAUUGAGCAUGUUUGAUCUGGUGGGGUCCUGUGAUCUUUCUUAGAUAUGGAAAGUUUGGGGACAUUGCUUCACUGCUUUCCCGUGAAAGGGGAAGUUGGCCAACUAACUUUCUUUUAAACAAGACUCCUGCCACAAUAUCAAAUAGUUGCUCCUUUUGUGGAUGGUAUUGUAAAUAAGGGAAAGUAUAGUUAGUAAAUGCUGAAGUAAACAUGGUAAACCUAUAGAGUGUGUAGAAACACAUGAAGUCCUCAUCAUUCAGAUGUAGAUUACAGAUGUGACCAAUGUUGUGCAAUUGUUUGCUUAUAUCUCAUGAUUUCCUCUACAUCGCAUUUAAGUUGUCCGGUUACAAAUGAGGGGGGCAUGGGUAGCCCAGUCGUCUAAGGCACCGCGAUUCGCUGUGCAGAGUUGCGUCCCCUGGGCACCCCAGAAACCUAUGAUUGUGGGUUCGAAUCCUGGUUUGCCCCGAUUAUGUUUCUUGGUUUGUCAACACCAUACCCAUGCUCGUGGGUUUUACCAAAGUGGUAAAUGUCUGAGACCUGCAUCACUUCGGGCUUUCCUCCCACAUUAAGCUGACAUGCCACUGGAAUACUGAUAAGAGCGGUGAUAAACCCAACUCACUCACAGUUACAAAUGAUAGUCUUCCACUAUUAGAUCAUGUAUCAUAAUAUAUUGCCUUUCAUCAAAGGCAUGUCUUGUAUUGUUUUCCAAAUGAGAGUUCUGGAAAUUGAUUUUAGACAUACUGAAUUAAAGUUCAUUUUCAAAAGUUCUCACAAUGUAAUGUGUAAGAUGACAAGGGUCUUUGUAUAAUGAAACCAGUGUAAGUUAUCAAUAUUCCAUUAAUUCUAUGUUGUUGAUAUAUCUUUUUAAACUAUUGAUUUGUAGCCUAUACUUUGUGUUUUUGUAUGUGCCAAAUGAAAAAUUAUAGUUGUGUUUUGUAGGUAAGUGCUGAUAGUUACACACAGUAUUGUUGAUGUUAAUAAUAGUGGAAAUACCCCCCCAAAACAUCCUCUUGAACAUACUCAUGAAGGGUUGUGGAGAACAUCCAGUGUCAUGUAUGCAGAGAAAUAUUUAUGUUCAUGUUACCUCAUACUUCAAUCAUAGAUAAUAUCUCAGGAAUUCCAAGAUUUGAUGUCAGCAUAUCUCUCCAGGACAUGUCCACUUGAGAAAUGAUGAAUAAGUGUUCGGAAAAUACCUAUAUUGGUUCUGUGUAGAGUUUGUGUUCAAGGUAUGACAUUGUCAACAUUCAUGUAUAUAUGUGUAUUUUGCAUAAUUUAUCUGGCUUCAUUUUCAAAGAAGUGUUCCAUGUUAACUUUUUUUUAUAUUGAAUAGUAAUGAUUGUUUCUUAAAAAGAAAAAAUAACAGUUUGUUUUCCUACUUUUGUACAAAAAAAAUAAAUGCUGAACAGAACUUC